UAGGAGGCAUUAUCAUUCAGCCUGUCACAUAAUCCAGAUGGAUAGCAGUUUAUUAACAGUGGUCCUCUAGAUAAAGCCGAAUGAAUGUUAGGAUGUGAGGUUGCCUACUCUUGGGACUGAUGGCUGAAGGGCCCAGAAGGAGAAUUGCAGCUCUGGGAGUGCUGUUACAGAUGUUCUGGGGGCAUGGUAGCCUUUGCAGUUUGCACAGCUGGCCAGUAGCCAGUCAGAAGGUAGCGUGGGUACAGAGCUGAGUCCUUGGGGAGGAGGGGAAAAUAAGGAACCUCUAACCAGCUUUUCAAAACGGCUUUGGGAGGAAGUGGUGGGAAAGACUGCAAUUCCCAGAAGCCUCUGCUCCCUGGCAAGUCAGGAGGUUGCCAUGGUUUCAAAAAAACAAUAUGGCUGCUCCCUGCUGGGACUUGAGUCUCCGGAUUAGGGAGACAGAGGUGGGUCUGGGGGCUGGCAGUGACUGAGUAGGAGGCAUUUGAGAGGUUGCGAGGUGGAGGCUAGCUGCUGCACGACCGGAGCGGCCUGGCCUUGCCAGGGUGCCAAUGGAGAGCAGCGUGGAUGAGGAGGCGCUGCACCAGCUGUACCUGUGGGUAGACAACAUCCCUCUCUCCCGGCCCAAGCGAAACCUGUCCCGGGACUUCAGUGAUGGAGUCCUGGUUGCAGAAGUCAUCAAGUUUUACUUCCCCAAGAUGGUGGAGAUGCACAAUUAUGUUCCAGCCAACUCUCUCCAGCAGAAGCUCAGCAACUGGGGUCACCUGAAUAGGAAAGUGCUGAACAAGCUGAACUUCUCGGUACCUGAGGAUGUGAUGCGCAAGAUCGCGCAAUGCGUCCCUGGCGUGGUGGAGCUGGUGCUCAUCCCGCUGCGGCAGCGCCUGGAGGACCGGCAGAGGCGCCGGAAGCAGGGAGGGGGCUCCUUACAGGAGCUGGCUCCCCAGGAUGGCAGCGGCUACAUGGAUGUGGGUUUGUCCCAGAAGGCCCGAGGGGAAGGUGCCCCAGACUCGCAAAUCGGGGAGCAGCUCAGGGGUGGUCGGCAGCCCGCGCCCCGGGCUCCAGGGUAUAGCCAGGCCCUGCAGGGCGACCCAAGCUUCGUCCUCCAGAUUGCUGAAAAGGAGCAGGAGCUGUUGGCCUCGCAGGAGACAGUACAGGUUCUGCAGAUGAAGGUGAGGCGCCUGGAGCAUCUACUCCAGCUCAAGAACGUGCGCAUCGACGACCUCUCCCGGCGUCUCCAGCAGGCAGAGCGUAAGCAGCGGCGAAUGGACCGCUCACCAGAAUCUAGACGCCGCCUCGUGCAGAAACCCCGCAAGCACCCUAAAGCAGUGUCUGACACCGGGGGCCCGGCCUUGGUGCUCCCCGCGCUGGGCCCCGGGGGGCGGCCCCCAGGCUCUCUCCACACCUCUAGAACCCGGUCUCUGCCCAGCUCUGAGGACAGCAGCGUCUCCAUCCAGCCUGGUUCUCAGCGCCCUCGGCCAGGAGGGAAGCUGCUCCCAGCAGCCCAGGGUUUCCCUUGCCGCUCCUGGGCAGUGAACCGGUAUGCAACAAGGGGCCGGAGACCACAGAAGCUGGAGAGGAAGGGGUGAGGAGUGGGCUCAACCAGGAGUGGGGAAAACAUCUGCUCUGCCUAUGCCAAUCAUCCUCCCAGAGCAGCAGGGAAGGCUUAGGAAUGUCUGGGGCAUGUGGGGCAGUGCUAUCCCCAUUAAAGGUUACAGUGCCCUUCUUCCCUGUGCCUGCCUAUCUGUGCCGCCACUGCUUGGGAGGUUCCAAGUUCUAUGGACUGAGGCCAGCUUCACUUUCAGGCCUGACAAAGACAGUGUGGUCAUGGUGUGGCCCUUACUCUGGCUGUUUGCUAACUGUCAGGAGCAUGAACAUUUGUAAAUCCUGAGACUCAGUAAUUCCCCUCCUGGGCAUAUACCCAGGGGAAAAUUAAGCUUUGUGUUCUGGAAACCAGGUAUGCAAUGUUCAUAGCAACGCUGUAAUAGCAAAAGAAAGGGAAGGACCUGAUUUAGUUAUCUGUUACUGUGUAACAGAUUACCACAAAGUGGUUUACAGCAACACAUAUUUAUGAUCGCUCGUUUUCUGGGUCAAGAGUCUGGGCCUGGCCUAACUGGGGCCUCUGCUUCAGGGUCUCUCAAGGCUGCAGUCAAGAUGUCAUCCAGGGCUGGGGUCUCAACUGAAGGGUGGGCUGGGGAAGGAUCCACUGUCCAGCUCGCUACCUUGUUGGUAGGCUUUAGUUCCUUGUGGGCUGCUGGACUGAGGGCCUCAGUUUCUUGCUGAUGUUUGGCUGUGACUGGCCUCAAUUCCUUGCCAGGUGGCCUUCUCCAACAUGGCAGCUUACUUCAUCAAAGCCAGCAAGGGAGAGCAUUAAUGGAGAGUCUGCUAAUGAGAUGGAAGUUACAGUCUUGUGUAAUGCAAUCAUGGAAAUGAUAUCCCAUCACCUUUGCCCUAUUCUACUUGUUAGAAGCAAGCCAUUGGGUCCAGCCCACACUCAGGGGCAGAGAUUACUACUCAAAGGGUGUGAAUGUCAGGAGGUGGGGAUCACUGGGCACCAUUUUAGAAGCUACCACCAGGGGAAAAAGUCAUGAAAAGAUAAAAUCUAGGGUUGUGGUUACCCCUGGGGAGAUGCAUGGGCAGAGAUGGAAGGAGCACAAGUUGAUGUGUUGUUUGUGAUUUUCUGGUUCUGGGGGCAGGUUCACAGGUGCUCAUAAGUGAACCAUUUGUGGACAAAUGGGGAGAGAAUGUCACUGCCCAAUGAUUAUGUUUAGUCCAAUUCUCUGUAUCCAAGUUCCUAAAAUAAUAAAU